UUAAGUCAUUGCUUGUGAUUUUCUGCAAAGUAGAUAUUGUUAAACUGACAACUGAUACCAUUUAUUGUGUUUUGUCAAAUGUUCAUUAUCUGAUAGAAAUGUACGAGUGUCAGUACGUCUUGAAAUCAGUGAUAAUUGUGAGGAUGGCGACCGCCGGGCUAGAGAGGAAAGUAAAGGAUGAUUUCCUGACAUGCUCCAUCUGCUUCGAGAUGUACACAGACCCGUGUACACUGAGGUGUGAUCACACAUUCUGCAGGAAAUGUAUCACCUCAUACAUCGACACCAGACCAGAUGCUGUACAGUCCAAGACCAUCCCCUGUCCCUGCUGUCGACAAAAUACCAAGGUCCCCAACCCCAGUAGGCCGGUGGAGGAGUGGGCGGGGCAGAUCAAAGCCAGCAUUGUGAUACAGGGGCUGAUUGACACCUAUAGGUCCGAGGUAGAUGUGCAAGAGACUUCAAGCACCUGUUGUAUGAUAUGUCAGCAACUAGGGGAGACAACUCCAGGGGCCUUGUGGUGUGCUGAGUGUGAAGUGGUCCUCUGCGACAAAUGUGUGAAGAUACACCAGAUUACCCCUAUUUUAUUGAACCAUGACCUGUGUGACCUGUCAUCUAGGUCAAAGGUCAAAAGGAGGAUCACGUGUACGGAACACAAGAGUAACAGUGUUGAGUUCCACUGUAAAGACUGUCGGAAGGCUGCCUGUCAGACAUGUUGUAUCAUCUACCACAGAGCUUGUAAAACUGUCGUCACCAUUGAGUCUAUGAAGCCAGGGAUGAAGGCAGCACUGAUUGAGAAGAAACUUGGCAUGGAGACGAGACUGAAAGUGAAGUCGAAAAAAGUAGACAUACGAAACGAGAAGCUCAAAAGUAAUUCUAGAAUCACGAAGUCAGCUGUUCAAAAUAUAAGGUUGCUCUGCCAGUCAGCCAUUAACAAGAUUAAACAGAAAGAAACACAACUCUUGGAUGAACUGAAUACCAUAUCACAGACAUACGCCGACCAACUCCAAGCUGAUGUGAAGCUGGAAGAGAACGAGAUGCAGAUGUACAGACAACAUUGUGAGUCCAUUGACCAGGCCUUGGUAUCGGACUGUGAGAUGGACCUGUAUGACGCGUAUCAGGCCUGGGAGUCUGGAGCUGUAGAGAUGGAGGAUGUCAGGGAUACAGAGGCAGCAGACGCCCGGAUAAUAGAUGACAUCAGGUUUAUACCUAACACUUUCAGGGUCCUGGAGACCCUAGAUAAACUGCAGUUUGGGAAAAUUGACGUCACGUACCAGGGCACAUGUCUACUGUCUCCAGUACUGGUUGACACGAUAGAUGGGAGGGUGACGGAUGAUGAGGUGAGCCCUGACUUAAAGUGCAUAACAGUCCUGACUGUAGAUGAUAUACAGACAUGUGUUGUCACUGACUUUUCUAACAACUGCCUGAAAUCUUUGUACACUAGAGACAAUCAUCGAUGCCACAGUAAGCUUCCCCUGGAUGACUCUCCAUAUGGAAUAACACAGUUGAAGCAGAAGCAGGUGAUGGUUGCUUUCCCUCAUUCCAACCAGAUUGUAACAGUAGAGGUGACCCCUGAUCUGGUGCUGCUGUCAACCAUCCUAACUAGCAAUAGUUACUACAGUUUGGCUGUUCUAGACCUUUCAUCUCUAGCAGCAGGUGGCAAGGAUUGUGAUGGUUACGACAUUGUUGAAAUCCUGGACAUGUCUGGACACGUGUUGAGGUCAAUCAAUGCACACAAUGAUGCACCAUGGCACAUGGGUGUCAACAUGAAGGGCAAUCUACUCGUGUCUGACUGGUUGAAGAAGUCUGUGACAUGCCUGACGUUAGAGGGGGAUGUUGUGUGGAGAUACGCGCCUACCGGAGACAGUGUACUCCGAAGCGCUGCUGGUAUCACAACUACCACGAAAGGGGACAUCCUGCUUGUAGAAAGCAGGUUCAAGGUGAUACAGCUGACAGAGACGGGGGAAUUUGUCAGGGAAAUGCUCACGUUAGAAGAUGGCGAUGAAGCACGCAUGUGCGAUGUAUUCUGUGAAAAAUACGGUUUCUUAUUUGUAUGCACAGACACGGAAGUGAAAGAGUACAUCUUUGUCUGACAUAAAACAAAAGAAUGAAAAAGCAGUGGUUUAAGCGUUUGUCAUUGAAUAUCGUGACAUACUGUGCAAGGGGUUAGUCUGGAAUGGCUUGUGUCUUCACCAAGACGUAUAAGCAUGGCUUUGUCAGUGAAUUGCAGACAUGCAAUAUUCAAAGAGGUCGUAUCCAGCAUGAAGUGUAAUAGACCACAUGAUCACCAGGUGAAACACACCAGUAGAUAUAGCUCUUGGGGAGAUUCCUGGGAUGACCUGAGCUCCACAACAACUACUUCAUCUCAACAGUGUGCUGAACCUCAUUGGUUCCUGAAGUAUAAACGUCCUGGGCACAGCUGAAGUGUAAAGAAAUCCCUAAAGGAAAUAUACCUCACUUUUAAAGAAACCCCAUGCAUGAAACCCAGGAGACAUAUAUACACAGACUAAUGUAUGGAUGGACUAGGACCACAGGAACUCUGAAACUGUUGGUCAGUUUUCGGAGUUUCUUCCUCAUAGAAUAUUCAGUAUCAAUAUACACGAUCUUCACCCAAACCUGAUGAUAUAGCUUAUAUUGACUAGUUGAGACAUACCAUAUUCACUUACAGGUCACUUCCAGCAAUUAAAUGGACCGCAUGAUGACUCGGUGAAACACAUCAGUGGUGAUAGUGGUUGUACCUACACUUACACAGGACAAUAUGAUCUUAACAUAGUAUGAUACUGCAUACCACUUAUGGUUAAAAGCCGAGGCAUGUGGUGAAAAGGAAACCUUACGUCUCUGCUCAUGAUCAUGACUUGCGUGAAACGCUAUCAAAAUAGAAAGGUGUAUGGCAUACGAUCCAGUAGUCUGUCUCAGUGUCUGUGAACCACAGUUUGUCCCCUGUUGCUUAGCCCACCCUGAAAUGCCAAAGCCUUAAAUGCACAAGUCUAGAUUUCCUCAGGUCCAGGAUCUCCCACCUCAUCAGUGGUCCUUAUCUAGUUAAUGGACCAAAACCUAUUUACUUCACUUCAUUCAAUCUUGUGCUAGUUUAUCACGAGUAAACCCAAGUAUGGAGAAGAUUGAGGCGCGCAGUGUUAUCAAGUUUUUGCACUUGAAGGGUUGCACUUCUCGACAGAUUCACGAGGAGAUGAAAUCUGUAUAUUGUGAAGAUCUUAUGAAACUGUUGUGAGAUGGAAAAGGGAUUUUCAAACCGGUCAUAUGUCCCUCACAGAUGAGCCAAGAAGAGGACGCCGAUAUCAUUGAGGUCAUUCAAGAGGUGGGGUUGGUUUUCCAUGAAAUCAGGGGUUCUAUUCAGGCGUCUGAACAAGGUCAAGAAAUGUUGGGAGAACUCUGGGCUUUGUAUAUAGAAGUCUUAAGGACAAGAAAUCAAGAUAAAGUUUUUACCCUGAAUACGUCUUGGUGAUAAUUAGAAUUUUUUUAUACCCUCUCGUAACUCAAGCAUGUGCUAUUAGGAUUAAUUGAGCACUGUUCAACGAUUCAUGACAUAUAGGCUAUAGUUUUCAUUUGAAAACAGACAUUAGACAAUGGGAUAGUUACAAUCCAACAGUGGGUUGUUUCGGGGAUAAAGAUUAAAUUUACACUUCAGAGUUUGAUAGUUUAUUUGACCCGGCGUUAAACCGAGGCAAUAUUUUCUUUCUCAAUAUUCGUUCACUUGUCUUCUGUCAAUGUCGAUGUAGAUGGGAAUCGCCUACAGAGUGUAAGGUAUACACGUCAUUAAAUUCCUCCAAGAGCC